AGGUGCAAACAGAAAUACUCAACCGAGGAAAGACAUCCAAAUAAUGGAAAACACCAAAUAUAAAGCCAGAUGGCAGCUUUGUAUCCUGCUUUUGCUGCUUAAACAUGGGAUUUUAAAUUGUAAAGAGGUUGUUGAUGCUUCUGUGGAAAAGGACAUCCAGGAAAAUGAAUCAAAUUUAGAGACAGGGCAGAACAAAGAAAAGAGGGAGAUAAAUAUCGAUAGCCUUGAAGAUAGCAAUCUGGAGAAUGAGCUAGAAGAUGAGGAGGAAAAACAAGAUGAUAGUCAAGAAAGUGAUCUGGGGAAUGAGCUAGAAGAAGACAUUGCAGAAGAUGAUUACAGUCAAAAAGACUGGGAUCUUGAGAAAGAAUUGGAAGAAAUGGAUCUAGAACAUGAUUACAGUAAAGGAGAUGGUCUGGAGAGUGGAUUGGAAGAAGUGGAUUCUGAACAAAAUAAGAAUCAAGGAGACUGGGACGUAGAAAAAGAAUUGGAAGAAAGGGAUCUAGAACAUGCCAACAGUCAGAAAGAAGAAGAAGAUCUAAACAAAGAAUUGGAAGAAAAUGAUCUAAAGCAUGACAGUCAAUUAGAAGAGAACUUACAGAACGAAGUGCAAGAAAAAGACCUAGAAAAUAACAAUCAAGGAGAAGGAUAUUUGCAUAAAGAAUUGGAAGAAGAAAAUACAGAACUGCACAGCAGUAAACGAGGAGAACUAGAAAAAAGGGAUCUGAAACAUUAUGACACUCAAAGGGAAUGGAAUCAGAAGACUGAUGACAGUUUAAAAGAAGAUCUGGAGAAUGAGGGCACUCAAGAAGAAGGGGACCUGAACUAUGAUGGGAGCCAGUAUGAAGAGGACCUAACAAUGGAUGACCAUAUGGAUGAAGGGACUUUAGAAAAUGGAAAUGGUAUUGAUGACUCAAAGUUAGUCAACACACGUUGGUUUGGAUUUGGAAUAAGGAGAAGGUAA